UUGCUCUCCCGCUCCCGGCCAUCGGGGUCGCCCUUCUUCAUCCGAGCUCCGCCAAUGUCAGCCCCCAGCGUGACCCCUAUCCCCAUCACCACCAUCUCCGAGCUGAAGCAGCACCACUCGCAGCUCGUCCGCCUCGGCCUCGCCUCCCACCCCGCCCACGCGCGCCGCCUCCUCGCCUUCCUCGCGCGCGACCCGGCCCGCCUCCCCUACGCCGCGCGCCUCCUCGCGCACCACCCGGACCCGCACCCGGCGCUCUUCAACCCGCUCUUCGCCUCCCUCCCGCCGCGCCACGCCGCGGCGUUCCUCUCCCUCAUGCUCUCCCUGCCCCUGCACCCCGACCACUUCACCCUGCCGCGCAUCCUCCCCGCCGCGCCGCUCCCGCUUGCCGUCCAGCUCCACGCGCUCCUCCUCAAGCUCAACUUCCACUCCCACGCGCACUCCUUCAACGCGCUCCUCGCCGCCUACCUCGCCAACGGCCGCGCGGACCUCUCCUUCCGCCUCUUCGGCGGCGGCGGCUCGUCGGCAGUCCUCGACGUCGUGUCGUGGACCACCAUGGUGGGCGGGCUGUGCAGGAUGGGCCUCGUGGACGACGCGCGGGAGCUGUUUGACGGAAUGCCCGAGAGAAAUCUGAUAUCCUGGAACUCGAUGAUCUCCGGGUAUGUCAAGGCUGGGCGGUUCUUGGACGCGCUGGAGGUGUUUGAACAAAUGCGGGCGGCGGGGCUGGAGGGGAAUGGGUUUGUCGCGGCCAGCGCGGUGGUGGCGUGCACUGGUGCUGGCGCGCUGGCCCGUGGGAGGGAGGUGCACCGGUGGGUGGAACAGAGCGGGAUACAGAUGGAUGAGAAGCUAGCCACGGCGGUGGUCGACAUGUACUGCAAGUGUGGGUCUGUCGAGGAGGCAUGGCGCGUAUUCGAGGGGCUGCCGACGAAGGGGCUCACGUCGUGGAACUGUAUGAUCGGUGGGUUGGCGGUGCACGGGAGGUGCAAGGACGCCAUUGAGCUGUUCCACCAGAUGGAGAGGGAAGAUGUGGUGCCCGACGAUGUCACGCUGGUGAAUGUCCUGACUGCCUGCGCCCACACCGGCAAUGUCAGCGGUGGUCGCCACUAUUUCGACUACAUAGUGCAGAGAUACGGCAUUGAGCCCAAGAUGGAGCAUUACGGCUGCAUGGUCGACCUGUUAGGGAGGGCAGGGCUGCUGGACGAAGCCAAGAAGGUGAUCGACGACAUGCCAAUGGAGCCCGACAUCGGUGUCCUCGGAGCACUCUUCGGAGCAUGCAAGAUCCACAGGGACCUCGAUCUUGGCGAGGCGAUCGGAUGGCGUGUCAUCGACCUGGAUCCCCAGAAUAGCGGGCGGUACGUGCUGCUGGCCAACCUGCUCGCCAGCGCCGGCCGAUGGGGGGACGUGACCAGGGUCCGGCAGCUUAUGGACGAGCGCAACGUGAGCAAGGAGGCGGGCCGGUCAGUGAUCGAAAUCGACAGUGAGGUCUGCGAGUUCCAGUGCGGGACCCUGCGCCAUCCCAAGGAGAAGGAGAUAUUCGCCAUGGCGAAGGACAUGAUGAAGAAGAUCGGGCUGGAGGGCUACGCACCCGACACGAGCGACGUCCUCCACGACGUCGCAGAGGAAGCGAAGGAGGCGUCGCUGCUGUACCACAGCGAGAAGCUGGCCAUAGCGUUCGGGCUGCUGCGGACGAGGCCGGGUGACACGAUGCGCGUCACGAAGAACCUGAGGGUCUGCCGAGACUGCCAUGAGGCGACCAAGUUGAUAUCUCGAGUGUUUGGGCGUGAGAUCGUGGUGAGGGACAGGAACCGGUUCCAUCAUUUCAGGGAUGGGGUGUGUUCGUGUAAUGAUUAUUGGUGAGUAGUCGAAACGUGUACAAACUCACUGUUUUGACCCUUUUCGUAAAGUUCAGCCGAAUCUGAUUCUGAUUAAAAAAACCCGGAUCGGACCUCUUCCUACCGUCACCCGCUCUGGUGGUAGGGUGCUGGCCAACACAGACGACGCCGUUUGCCCUAACUCACGUGGAUUAGGGGCCUAUCACCACCCAUUGUGGCGGUAUGGUGUGCUAGCAUAUCAUCACCCGUUGGGGCGGUAGGGUGUCCAACUAAGAUCUAAACCCGUGGCUUUUCGGGCGGGCAUCACCCAUCCAUAACCGGGUUUCUUCAAACUCCCUCGCACGAACAGAGGUCGAGGACGCCUCUCUCCUCCUUCCAAGCCCUCCCUUCGAUCUCCUUCAUGCGUCCACCGUUUUAGGAGAUUUUUAGGACAAAACGAAGGGGAAGGUAUGUUCAUCCAAUCCCUU